AUGUUUCCCUUUACUAUCGCAUCGUUAAGGAUACCGAGCGGAAUACGGGACUUGAACCGGAACUGGCCCGUCUCCUCAUCCUUGACCCUCUGUAAAACCGUCAACAAAAACUGUCUCACAACAAUGCUGUCAUCAACGCUCUUCAACCGCUCCAUCGCCUGCGUGUUCGUGUUCACCGUUGGAUCGUCUAUAAUCUUCAAGAGCGCCUUGACGUACCGCGGAAACGCAUUCUGCGGCUUUGUCGCCACAGGAGCGUUCUCGAGACUCACAAGCAUCGAACACAUGUCCGGUUUGCGAAGAACAACGCUCAUCGCAGCCUUCGCGCCCAUCGAAUGCCCAAGCAUAAUUGGCUUCUUUUCAAAGUCACGUGACUUCACCCAUCUCUCCACAUCCGCCGCCAUCCCGAUGUAG